UGCGUGCAGUAUAAAAAUUCACACGACACAAGAGGCAUAAAACUGCUGGGAAACAUGGCGAGGUUGAGCGAACAUGGGAUCCGUUUGAGCUCGAUGAGUCCUUCCUUCCUUAACAGCAACUCUACUAGUCAUACCUGGCCUUUCAGCGCGGUGGCAGAGCUCAUAGACAAUGCAUCAGACCCUGGUGUGUUGGCUAAACAAAUUUGGAUAGACGUGGCUGAAGAGUCGUCUCUCCUCUGUUUGACUUUCACUGAUAAUGGCAGCGGUAUGACCCCCAACAAACUGCACAAGAUGCUUAGCUUUGGUUUUACAGAAAAGGGUUCAGGUAAGGCCAGCCAGCAGGCCAUCGGCGUGUACGGGAAUGGCUUUAAGUCGGGCUCCAUGCGUCUGGGCCGCGACGCCCUUAUUUUCACCAAGAAUGGUGGCUGCCAGACUGUGGGGAUGCUGUCUCAGACUUACCUGGAAAACAUCAAGGCCCAGGCUGUCAUUGUGCCCAUAGUCCCAUUCAACCAGCAAACAAAGUCUCUGGUGGUGACGGAGGACUCUGAGGCCAGUCUGGCUGCCAUCCUCCAAAACUCCAUCCUCACCUCUCUGGAGCAGAUACAUGCUCACUUUGACUCUAUCCACUCAAAAAAGGGCACCAAGAUAUUAAUCUGGAACAUACGUAGGGCCAAAGAUGGAAAGCCAGAGAUCGACUUUGAGACCGAUAGGAGUGACUUCCGUUUGCCUGACAUUCAGAUCGAGGAGCUGAAGAAGGGUCUGAGGAAUGGUGGAUCAUUUAGAGCUCAACAGAACAUCCCUGACAUGCACUACAGUCUCAGGGCCUACCUCAGCAUCUUGUACCUGAAGCCCAGGACACAGAUUAUACUGAGGGGCAGAAAGAUUCUGGCUAAACUUGUUUCUAAAAGGCUGAAACACAUUGAGCAUGAUGUGUACAAACCCCACUUCAGUAAAGACAAGGUGAAGGUGACAUUUGGACUGAACCCAAAAAACAGAGACCACUACGGAAUCAUGAUGUACCACAAGAACCGGCUCAUCAAAGCUUACGAGAAAGUGGGCUGCCAACUGAAGACGUCAGGUCAAAGGUCAGGAAUUGGGGUCAUCGGCGUCAUCGAGUGUAACUUUCUCAAGCCUGCUCACAACAAGCAAGACUUCGAAUACACCAAAGAGUACAGACUCACCCUUGGUGCAUUGGGCCUGAAACUGAACAACUACUGGCAAGAGGUUACAGAGAAGAGGGCCAGAGAGCGCGAGUUUCAGGCUCUCGACAAAGAAGAAGAUGAAGAUGAGCAGGACACUGCCAAGGGUCCUGUCUGGGUGCAGUGUGAGGAGUGCCUGAAGUGGAGAAGCGUCCCUGAGGGUCAUUACAACGUGGUCCCUGAAAACUGGAACUGCAGCCAGAAUCCCAAUCUGCAUUACAGAAGCUGCUCUUCACCAGAGGAAGCAGAAGACAGCGAGGAGCAGUUGACACCUAGCUACCAGAAGAACCACAGGAAACCAGAGCAUCCAAAAGGCAGGAAACGAGAAAGGUCACUGGAGGGGCCUGCCUCCCAAAACCAAGAGGCUACACAUCAAAACCUCUUUCGCAGUUCAUCAGAGCCGAGCCAGCCAACACACGCACCUCGGCACAAAAUAACUACAGACAGAUACCACACAGAAGCAAACACACUAGAACCAUAUGAGGUGAACACAGAUCACCGAGCAGAUCAUUUUAAAGACACACACAGAGCUCCUGAUGCUACAAAGACACUGAACACAGCCACAGAUGAGGUCCCACACACACAACAGGAACCUGCCAGGGUGGACGAAGUCAUUAAGACCACAGACGGACCAGAACAUUCUCAUGAUGAGGAGAGGGACACAAGCAGAGAGGCCAUGGAGACAGAAGAGGAGAACCCAAACCUUUUGAGCCUCAAAAGGAAACUGGGGUCAUUAUUUUCCUAUGCCAAUAAGAAGUCGUGUCAUGUUGAGGAGCAACCAAUUGGCUUAGGAGAGACAAAUCCUGAAACACAAAGAAAUAAACUGUGGACGAGUGAAGGGGACAGCAACAGCUUGGGGGAGAAAAAGGGUGACACUACCCAGCGAACCCUCACCAGCCUCUCCUGGACCCACUCACUCCCCUCAGCACAAACUGUGAAAGUUUCUCCUCUGAGUCGCACAGUGAGCAGAUCAGUCCCUCCAGAAGGAAGCGACAGAGAGGCUAACAUGCAGAAGCUGGCCGGGUUGGAGAAAGAGACCCAGAGGCUUCGGAGGCUUUUAGGUCUGGAAGUCACAAAGAUAUCUCAAAGCACCAUGACAGAGUCUGAAAGCAGGGGAGAGAAUCAAAACGGAGGGUUGAUGAAACCGCUUGCAUCCACAGCGAGCAAUGAGGUCAGCUGCCAAACCGAAGAGGCUGAGAGCUCCUGUUCAUCCAGCAGCCUGGCCCAGGCUCCAAGACUUCAGGGUCCAGUCAUCCAGGGUCAGAGAGCUCUAUAUGGGUCCAAAGAGCAGCCUGAGCAGAACGGAGACAGAAAGGAGAGGACAGAAACUCAGAGCAGGAUCAGUGACAGUGAGUCCUGUGAAGACAGCAGAUCUACACAGGAGAAUCUGCUUGACAUCCGAAAGAAUGUGGUGGUGCUUCUCACGGCCCUCCUGCCCCAGCUGGACCUGGCUGGUAUCAGUCUGGAGACCAGCGAUGUGGAUAGCAUCCUGCAGCAGAUCAUAGAGGUCAACUCACUGCAGAUAUGAUCAGUUCUGUCACAAAACACAGCAUGUUCCUUUUGACAGCCAUCAACAUGUUUAGCAAAGUCUGAAUUGAUGAAGAAUAACUCAUAAAUAGAGUUUAAUUAACAUUUUUAAAUAAGCGUUGAUGUAACUACUAUUAUGAAAUGCUGUAUACAACAUGAGGCACAUUUAUUAUCAAGCUUUUGGCAGCUUUUAAACAUUGUUGGAGUUUUUUGUCAUAUCAUUUUGAAUGUGAUGUUGAUUUUGCUUUUAAGAAACUGCAUUAUACCCCACUGCUUGUCCCUUUGCAUAUAUGAGCCAUUUAAUUUGAAGUUAUCUCUUAAUUUAAAAAAUGUGAUAUUACAUUGUGUGCUUUGCUUCUUUGCCGUUAAUUACAGUUGUAUAUAAAUUGCUUUUAUGAGCAUGCAAAGGGUUGUGAAAAAAUGCUUUUGUCAAGAUUUAUACAGAAAUCCUUUAUAGAAAAGAUUUUUUAAUAUCCCAUUAAAUGACCAAAACCA